AUGGCUGCCAAAAUCAUCCUAAAAACACAUCCGGAAGUGGGACCAACAUUAGGGCAUUCAGCAAAGGAUGCAAGGGUCAUCCCAGACCCUGCAAACAAGGACGAGGUGUCCGACAUGAGGGUCUCUGUUUCAAGGAUGCAACAAGAUAUCAAAGAGCCUAGUGGUGGGCGGGAGGCUAAGGUUGCAAGGGCCAAUUAUGGCCCAGAAAUCAAGGCUGAACUGCCCUCUGCAAAUGCUCCGAGAAAACACUUAACCCAAAUGGGGAUGACCUUUUGA